AUGUUUAUCGGAGGCCUCAGCUGGGACACCAGCAAGAAAGACUUGACGGAAUAUCUCUCUCGGUUUGGCGAGGUUGUGGAUUGUACGAUUAAAACAGACCCGGUCACUGGCAGGCGGGGGUUUGGGUUCGUGCUCUUCAAGGAUGCUGCCAGCGUGGAGAAGGUGUUGGAACUGAAGGAACACAAACUGGAUGGGAAAUUAAUAGAUCCUAAAAGGGCAAAAGCCCUAAAAGGAAAGGAGCCACCAAAAAAAGUGUUCGUUGGUGGGCUGAGUCCGGAUACAUCUGAAGAACAGAUCAAGGAGUACUUCGGUGCUUUUGGCGAGAUUGAAAACAUCGAGCUUCCCAUGGACACAAAGACAAAUGAAAGGAGGGGCUUCUGUUUCAUCACGUACACAGAUGAAGAACCAGUGAAGAAGUUACUAGAAAGCAGAUACCAUCAAAUUGGUUCAGGCAAGUGUGAGAUCAAAGUAGCACAGCCCAAAGAGGUAUACCGGCAGCAGCAGCAGCAGCAGAAAGGAGGAAAAAGCAACGCGUCUGGUGGGCGAGGAGGUGGAAGGGGGCGUGGACGGGGUCAGGGACAAAACUGGAAUCAAGGAUUCAAUAACUACUACGAUCAAGGAUAUGGAAACUACAAUAGCACUUACAGUGAUCAAAGUUACAGUGGCUACGGAGGAUAUGACUACUCUGGGUACAACUAUCCUAAUUACGGAUACGGGCCGGGAUACACAGAUUACAGUGGUCAGCAGAGCACGUACGGAAAGGCAUCCCGUGGUGGCGGCAAUCACCAAAACAACUACCAGCCCUACUAAAGCAGUACCUAGUACUGGAGGAAACAGGUAGAGGUACUGCAACAAAGCCAUCUUGCAGCGCGGCGUGAGCGAGCGGAAGGGUGGUCUUCGUGCGAAGAAAUGGCUAUUUUGUAAAAGACUUUUAGCCUGCGACACGACCGUGUCCAACUGUACAUAGCGGCCAACUAGUUUUCUUUUAUGGUUUUUACUUUUUUUUUGCCAUUCAUGUCACGGCACAACGUGGACUUGUGUUUAUACCGACUUUUAUUUGUAUAAUUUCAUGUUAAAGGGUUCUUUAAUAAAGGCUUACUGAAGUGGAUGU